AUGGAGAACAGCAGCAAGUUCGACAGCCCCACAAACAUCUCCCUGGCCAGCAGUGACACUGUCUUCGACGUGAUCGAAUACAAAGCCAUCUCGGUCUUCCUGGUGCUGGUGAUCUGCGGGGUGGGGAUUGUGGGCAACAUCAUGGUGGUGCUGGUGGUCCUCACCACCCGGGAGAUGAAGACGCCCACCAACUGCUACCUGGUUAGCCUGGCAGUGGCCGAUCUGAUGGUCCUGGUGGCUGCUGGCUUGCCCAACAUCUCGGACAGCCUGGCGGGGAUGUGGAUCUAUGGGCACGCUGGCUGCCUUGGGAUAACCUACUUCCAGUAUCUGGGCAUCAACGUCUCCUCCUGCUCCAUCACGGCCUUCACCGUGGAGAGGUACAUCGCCAUUUGCCACCCAAUGCGCGCCCACACCAUGUGCACGGUAUCCCGGGCCAAGCGCAUCAUUGCCUUCGUUUGGAUCUGCACCUCCAUCUACUGCAUGCUCUGGUUCUUCCUGGUCGACAUCAAUGUCAACAAGAGUCAGCACCUGGAGUGUGGCUACAAAGUGUCCCGCAACCUCUAUCUGCCCAUCUACCUGCUCGACUUUGCCCUCUUCUUUGUCACCCCCUUGUUUGUGGCCACCAUGCUGUACGGGCUGAUCGGGAGAAUCCUCUUCGCCAGCCCCAUCCCCGACCAAGCUGAGGCCACCGCUGAGCCCUGGAGAGAGAGGAGCGGGAAGGAGAAGAACGGAGUGGACACACGGGAGAGCAAGCCCAGCAGCCGCUCCAGGACCAGAGGGGCUCUGUCCUCCCGGAAGCAGGUCACCAAGAUGCUGGCGGUGGUGGUUAUCCUUUUCGCCCUGCUCUGGAUGCCCUACCGGACGCUGGUGCUGGUGAACUCCUUCAUGGACAACCCCUUCCUGAACCCAUGGUUCGUCCUCUUCUGCCGGCUCUGCGUCUACGCCAACAGCGCCAUCAACCCUGUCAUCUACAACCUCAUGUCCCAGAAGUUCCGGGCCGCCUUCAAGCGGCUGUGCAAGUGCGGGGGGGAGCUGCCGCCCCGCAGCCUGUACAUGGCCACGGCCAGCUACAGCCUGGCGAGGGAGCCCCUGCCGUCCACCUCCCAGCCCCUGGACCACAAGGAAGGUAAACAGCCCCCGGCGGCGAGUGACAUGGCUCUCCCCAAGCGACAGCAGCCACCACCACAGAGCAAGGGAGACAACGGGGACGAGCUGUACUUCAGUGUGGUGUAG